UCCAGCAGGAGUGCCGUGGCGCCCGCGCGGGAGGGGAGGGACGAGGCCUACCCCAGGACUGCAGGCAGAGGAGCACGGCGCGCGGUACCUGUUUGGGCUCUGUGGCUACUGGCGGCGGCGGAGGCACCGCCUGCACGGGUCCGGCCGGCAUGACUGCGACGCUCAGGGCUGCCAGUCCGCCUCAGGGCGACAACCGGUACGGCGGCAAGGUUAAGCUGCACACACGAAGGCUACAACGCAAUGGCAAGAUGGCGGCGACCCAGAGACCAGCCGCGGAAGACAGUGAGCACACUUCCGGCCCCGCCCCCUGGCCACGGCGCACUUCCCACCCCGCCCCGCGGGCAGGGCGGCGCGCUGUGCGGUUGCCAUGGCAGCGGCCUGGGCGCGCAGCUAAGGGUUUCAAGGGAUCCUAGGAGCCGCAGGCGCUCCGGGCGAAGUUUUGUGAGCCGGCCAGACACAGAGCUGAGGCUGCGACGCCGGAGACAGGGAUGGGAGGGCCGCCUGCGGCCAGCCCUAAACCUGAACCAGGAAGCCCAGAGCCAGAAAGCCAGGCCCCGGCACGUGCCCCAGACCUCAGAGCCAAGUCCAAGAGGUGGACAUAGUCAGUCACUCCAGCUUCAUGGGCAGACAUCCGUGAGAGCCCCAGGAGCUGUGGGGAUGGCACACCUGCUAGGCAGCCAGGCCUGCAUGGACAGCCUGCACAAGGACCUCACCGACCUGCAGGGCACCAUUGUGGAAGUGUUCUCCCGUGCUGGGCCUGUGCGCUACCCAUCCUGGAAGUUCCCUGACCGUUUGGCCUGUGAUCUUGAUAUGGUGGCCCUUCUGGAGCACUACGACCAUGUGCCCGGUGACCCUGAGUUCACACAGUUGUCCCAUGCUGUGCUGCUGGAGCUGGUCAUUGACAGGCUCCUGCUGCUGCUUCAGAGCUGUGCCAGCUACCUGGAAAACCUCAGUUUGGAACAGAUGAUGCCGUCUACCCGAGCUGCAGGGCCGUGCAUGUCUGUGGGGCUCACAGUGCGCCGCUUCUGGAGCAACCUGCUGAGGCUGGGCAUGCUUUACCAGCAGGCAGUCCCCCAGAAAAGAGCAAACCAAGGGGAGAUUCCCAUCGCCAAGCCCACGGCCAAGGGUGAACCAGCCAGGAGCCCCGAAGGCAUGACUGCCAAGUUCAUCAAGCCUCCUUCCCCAGUGGCAGGCUUGCCCAUGAUCUGCCAAGGGCUACAGAGCAUCCCUGUCAGAGUCUCCCUGCGGGGCUCAGCGGGGACCUCUGAGAAAACCAAGAGUGUGCACUCUCAGACCAUCGAGACAGCCUUGGUGCCCUGUGAUGCUUGCACCAGUGUCCAGGGCAGCUUGUGGGAGGUGGGCAAGGUGGUCAUCAGCCUGUGUCAGAGCCAAAACCUGCCUUCGUCCUUGGGCCAGUUCCAGAAGUUGGUGCAGGACAGCAUGGGUCUCAAACCACUGCCGGCUGCCACCGUGGGCCACUGGGCAGCAGAGCAGAGCAAAGAUCUGACUCGACUCAAUAAGCAUGUGGGGGCCCUCACCCAACUUGUCGGGCCCCUCAGGACCCAGCUGGAAGAGGCUGAGAGCCAGAAGGAUGAACUAAGGAAGCAGGUGGGCAAGCUGGAGCAGGCUCUGCAGCAGGAGAGAGGAGAGCGGCAGCAGCAGACAGAGGAGGCUGAGCGGAGCCUGGCCAAGUGUGAACAGGACAGGCAACAGCUGCUCACAGAAACGUGUGACCUAAAGACAAAGGUGGCCACUCUGGAGGGAGACCUGAAACAGCAGCAGAAGUCCAUGCAGGCCAUGGCGGCCAAGGUCCAGCAGCUGGAGGAGGAAGGUGAGCGCAGGGCGGCCGCGGAGAGGCAAGUGCAGCAGCUGGAGGAGCAAGUGCAGCUGCUGGCAGGGCGGCUGGACGGAGCUGGCAAGCAGAUCCGCUGGGCCAGCACAGAGCUGGACAAGGAGAAGGCCCGAGUCGACAGCAUGGUCCGUCAUCAGGAGUCCUUGCAAGCCAAGCAGAGGACUCUGCUCCAGCAGCUGGACAGUCUGGACCAGGAGCGGGAAGAGCUGCGGGGAAGUCUGGAUGAGGCUGAGGUCCAGCGGGCUGAGUUGGAGGAGCAGCUGAAGAGCCUGCAGAGCGACAGGGAACAGAAACAGUGCCAGCUACAGGCCCAGCAGGAGCUGCUGCGGAGCGUGCAGCAGGAGAAACAGGACCUGGAGCAGGUAACCACAGACCUGAAGCUGACCAUCUCAGAACUGCACCGGGAGCUGGAGGAGCUGAAGGAGCGGGAGCGACUGCUGGUGGCCUUCCCAGACCUGCACCAGCCCACAGAGGCCCAGACCCACGGUUCUAGCAAUGUCACCCAUGACAUGGAGAGGCAGAUGCAAGCCAAUGACAUCCGCAUCCAGGUCCUACAGGAAGAGAACAGGCGGUUCCAGUCAAUGCUGACCAAAAUCCGAGAGGUGGCCCAACAGGGAGGCCUCACAAUGAUCCCACAGGGCCAGCACUGGUCCCCUCCCUACAAGGACACCCAGGGAGAGAUAGCCCCAGCCCAGGCACAGAAUACAUCCCUAGGGCCCACUGGCAGACGGCCGUUUCCCGGAAGCCGGGCGAGCAGCACAGGCAGAACCCAUCCAGGAGGCCCCCGAGCCUUCCCCAGCAGCUGGCCCAGCAAAGUCUCUUUGGAAGACAGAACCUAUUCAGCCAACUGCACCCAGAACCCCAUCCGGGCCUUGGCCAGGCUCAGGAGGAAACUCUCACCGAACCGAGGUCAGGCUGGCUCUACAUAUCAGCCCCAGGAGCGGCCCACAUAGCCCAAAGCAGGGGUAGGGCUGGAGGGCAGGUGGCUAGCAAUCUCCCAUGGAAUAAAAGCCCCAGCCAUCUGCCCACAGCGAUCUUGGCCUCAGCGUGGCUGAGCUGGGGGAACAGACCUUCCCUCUUUGUUGGACAAAGGCUUCUUAUGAUCCCACUAGUCAGGUCACUGGCCAAUAGAGGCCUGCCAUUGAGUGGGAGCUUCCGGUCUCCAUCCUGACAGGUGCUGUGGGAGAGUACACAGGGUAGCACCUGAGCCAUAGAAAGGGCUGAGCGGUAACCCUGGGUUCACUGACCAGCACUUAGGGUAGGGCUCGGGAUGUGAGGGCGCAUCUGAAACAAGGACCCAGAGGCCAUGACCUUGUCUCUGGUCCAGUAAGGCAGGCAGAGAACAGCAGCACUUUGCCUUCCACCUUGGUUCUGCAUCUGGUGCAGGACCCGAGGGCACUAAGCAGCUCAUCAAAGAGCUCGCUCCUUUAGGGACAGCGGAGAGGCCCCUCUUCGGUCCUAGAGGUCAGAGCCUCACAAAGCCACUGAAGGAAAGCCCAGACCUUUGGACACCUUAGCCAGCCAUGGUUUGCUGAGCAUUAGACUCUAGAGCUCACCCAGUUCAGGGUGACAUGGCACUAAGUAAGGAUGUUACUAGCCACACCAUGCACACAGUGGCUAUUUUUCUAAAGCAAGUCAUUGGCCUGCCUCCAGUCACCUUGUUUGUGAAGGACAGGCUCUAAAUUCUUACUGAGGAUUUCUCGGGUCACACUUUCCUCGCCUUCUGGGUGGCAUUAUUUAUUAUGUGAUGAGGAGGCCAUCAGGUUGAGUGCCUCAGUUUACAGUGAAGGGUCAAAGGAAGCUGCAUGUGCAGUGAGCUGGCAUUGGCAGGUCUCCCAACUCUGUCUCUUAACAGCCCAGGGUUGCUGGAGGAAACCGGAUGCUCUGAGUCACUCUGUCAGGGAGAGCCGGCUUUGGACACAGCUCCCUGAGAGAGGCCCUGUUCCCACUGAGCAUCCCAGGCCUCCACUGACUCAACAUCCAUUUAUUAGCUCUCACUUCUGCCAGUUGGUAAGCCAGACCCUUCCCAAACAGGAGGAUUGAGAGUUCAAGGCUAGCCUUUGCUAUAUAGGGAGGACCUGACUCAGACAGACAGAGAACAAUAGGAAACAAGCAAAACGUUCAGAAGUCCAGUUUGUUUGGCCAGGUCCUCUGCUCAGAGGCCCAAAUCAAGGUAUCAUUCAGGGUGUCUCCUUUAGAUGACUCUGGGUAAUAGUCCUCUUACAAAUCCUAGCUGUGGCAUAGCUUGAUCCUUAGGCUCAGGCUUUGGGGCUGAGGUCCCCAUUGCCACGCUGCUCUUGCCUGGUUUCUUAUUUGCACCGCCCAUCUUCAAGAAGGCAGCUGGGCGGUGGUGGCGCACACCUUUAAUCCCAGCACUCAGGAGGCAG